UCCUAAACUUAUAUAAUUUAUCGAGAAAGAAUGGAAUAUACGUUAUAGCAACAAUAGCUAAGUUGAUUUCUCGAGGAAUGACGUAUAUCGAUACGUUAUAAUAACGAGCAGUAGUGUAUAUUGAUACGAGCAAGUGUAUUCUUGUAAAAAAAAGAAAAAACAAUAGCUAAGUUGGUAUAAAGGUGAAAUAGUUGAGACUGACGACAACAUGGAGUCCAGUGCUGACUGAUAUUUCGCCAUUUUCUUUGCUGCUUAUAAAUGCCACUUAGAUAGACCAACCCCACCCCCCAUUAUUCAUUUCCUCUGCACCCUAUUAUUACUCUCACUCUCACUCAACUUACCUAUUCUCUUCUUCUUCCUCCUCCUCGUCUUGCUCUGCACUAAAAUCACACACACAAACACGCACUCAUUCUUUGAGAUGGAGAUGCAUAGGUGCAGUAGCAAUCAUCACGGACAAUGCACGUGCGGCUUGUUCCACACAAGCAACCAAAGCACCAACUCAUUCUCCAUGCUCUUCAAUAACAACCACAAGCCCUACGAUGAUUACUGCCCUUUCGCCGCCUCUUCGUCGUACUCCUCCGCCGUGGAUUGCACGCUCUCGUUGGGAACUCCCUCCACUCGCUUGUCCAACGACAACUAUUACAACAACAAUAACAAUAGUAACAACAAUAGUAAUGCAAAGGCUGCAAGGUCUUCGUCUUACAUGCCGAACUUCUGUUGGGACAUUUUGCAACCCAAAAACAACUCGAGUAAGCCGAGCCGCGGGAGUAACAGCGGUUCGAACGGUUCACCUAGUAUUGAUCCGCUUCUCGCACGCCGCUGCGCUAACUGCGACACCACCUCUACUCCGCUCUGGAGGAAUGGCCCCCGAGGCCCCAAGUCGUUGUGCAAUGCCUGUGGGAUUCGAUUCAAGAAGGAAGAGAGAAGAGCCACCGCAGCUGCCGCCACCACAAGCAGCGGAGCCGGAAUGGACUCGAACUCAUGGAUUCACCACCAGUACUCCCAGUCAUCGAACCAAAAAAUCCCGUGUCUCUCGCCAACCUCAUUCGGGAAUGAAUUCCGGUUCGUGGAUCACGAAGAUGAUCGCGAUUCCGAGACCGGGAUUCCAUUCCUGUCAUGGAGACUCAAUGUGACCGAUAGGCCGGGACUCGUCCAUGACUUCACAAGAUAAGCUGGUCGUACCGAACUAUCUCACGACGUUCUGUAUUGUUUUAAUACGGCGUAUCUAGUGAUGUUGAUGGUACUAAUGUACAACAAUAUAAGUCUAUAAUUAACGAACGGCACGCUAGCUAUUAUUAUCAUAUUUUAAAAAAAUCGGAAUUCACUUUUUCUUUUGGUUAA